CUGCCAAACAAAAUCGAUGUCCAUUUCACCCCCUCCUUGCCGAGCUCAUACACAUCACUUAGGGCUUCACCACCAAGCAUACGAAAACCUUGGAGCUUUAGAGAUCACGUCGCAUAGGAAGUUGUUUCUUAUUAUCGACCAUCAUGGGAAACAGGCCGAUAAAUGACAAAGACCCCGACUUCUCCGAUGACUCGGCAAGCUCUGGAGGCGAUGAAGCAGAGUGGUUGGACGUUGAAUCAGAGGAGGAUGAGCCUCUCGCCGUCAUCUCUCUUUUGGACGACUCCGUCUUUCCGGAUGUCAUGUCCAUGUUGAAGUACUGCAAGGAGAACCACGGCUUCGACUUCCUUGCCGUCCGGCAGCGCCUUGGUCUCGAUUUUCACGGAACUGUCAAACUGGUCAAUUUCAUCCGCCAGCAAAUCCACGACGGCUGUCCCUUGCCAGAAACCAUCACGGCGGAGACUAUCAAGGACGACAGGUAUCUGAAGCCGGUCGUGGACGACGAUGCCCUCAUCCUUUCCCUCGAUGAGCUGGACAUUGAUGCUUUGGACAACGAGGCCGCGUCUUCUGCUGCCGAGAACAUCUCGUCGCAGGACCUCGUCGCCCUCAAUAGCCGCCUCGAGGAAGAGCUAGCAGCAGUCAAAUCGCAGUUUGCCAAUUAUCGUCUCGCCGUCGAACAGACUCUCGAACGGCGUUGGGGGGACGAUAAGGACGUGGAAAGCUCGACAAAAGAUGAAUCUCAGUAUUACUGGGAGUCAUAUGGGGCAAACGAUAUCCACGAAACGAUGUUGAAGGACACGGUGCGGACGGAUGCUUACCGUGACUUCAUUUAUGAGAACAAGGCGUUGUUCAAGGACAAGGUCGUUCUCGACAUUGGAUGCGGAACAGGCAUCCUGAGCAUGUUCUGUGCCAGGGCAGGCGCAAAGGCCGUUUUCGCCGUAGAUAAGGCGGAGGUUGUCGAGAAGGCACGCGCCAAUAUCUUCACCAACGGCCUCUCCGAUACAAUUACCUGUAUCAAAGGCAGGAUCGAAGACAUCGAGCUUCCCGUUCCACAAGUCGACAUUAUCGUCAGCGAGUGGAUGGGAUACUGCCUCCUCUACGAGGCCAUGCUUCCCAGCGUGCUCUAUGCCCGAGACAGGUACCUGAAGCCGGAUGGCCUCCUCGUGCCGAGCUUUGCCACCAUCUGGGUUGCGCCCGUGUCUGAUCCUGAGUACAUGACCGAUCACGUCUCCUUCUGGGACGAUGUCUACGGGUUUGACAUGAAGGCCAUGAAAACGGGCAUUUACGAAGAAGCCCGCGUCGAGGAUCUACCCCCGUCCACUAUUUGCGGCCAGCCGUCGCAGAUCUCCCAUCUCGACUUGCACUCUGUCAAGCCCGAGCAGCUCAACUUCCGCAGCGACUGGAAGUCGGACGUGAAUCAAUCAGUAGAAUCCAUCGAUGGCUUCUUGAUAUGGUUCGACAUUUUCUUCACGACUUCUCGCCAAGAGACAGUCCCCCCUAGAACUGGUGUCGACCCGAGUUCCCCUGCUGGCAGAAUACCAUCGGCUGUUGCUUUCACGACAGGCCCUCGGGGGCCCGUAACCCACUGGAAGCAAGGUCUCUUGUUGGUUGACCGGACUAAAGGCAUUUUCACUGCCGAGCCGGGAACUGGCAUUUCGGGGGAGGUUGUCUUUCAGGCUCCGGAAGACAACCCAAGAGCGCUUGGAAUCUCCAUGUCUUGGGUUACAAAGGAUUCUGAACCGAGAUCACAGACCUGGAAACUACGGUAGGAGGGCAAUGAAAACGUCAUUCGGCUUGAGUAUGUCUCGGCCAGGUUAUUCUACCAAGGUAGAGACGGUGAAAAUUUCAGGGAAAAGGCGUCAGGAGACAAGGGCUGGGGUAAAAGGGUCCCGUAACAACACAUCAAGGUUGAAGUGUCACACACUCUUUCAGCUUGGUUUAUCAUGAUCAUCAGUUCGUCCACUGCCGAUUUUUUUUGGUAUAGGGAGGACUAUAUCUUUGGAGAUACAUUUAUCCUGUUCCAGCCGAGCUAUGGGCUGUAUAUUGACUGCCUGCCUUAGACUCAGCUGGCAUUCGCGGCUCCAUCUCCUUCUUCAGUCUCAUCCUCGCUCUCGUCCUCCUCCCCAUCGGAGACUUGUUCUCCCAAUUUCUCCAGUCGAGC